GGAGCGUUGCGAUUAGUUCGUUCGCCUCUUUAUCGUGCCGUUUCGUUCAGUUGCUCACGAGUCGCCGUCGCGCUACCACGACACUCACGCGUCCUUCCCGCGCAAUGAACCAGCCAGCCAACAACACAUAAACCAUCAAAAUGAAGCCUAAUCGGUUAUAACGUUUCGUUUACAAACCCAAUUUUAAUUUAGAUCGAAUAUAUAUAAUUAUUGUGAUAUUUAGUUAGUUCUCCGUAUUUUUAAUAUUUAUAAUCGUUACGAUGAAUUCAAUUUACUUUAUUUAAUAUUAUUAUUUUUAAUAUAUAAAAUAAAUUCAGUGCUCAAGAUAAUCUCAUUCCAAACGCGCAGUAAUUAUCUAGAAGUCUUACUACAACAAUUGCGAUGACUGCAAAAACUCGUUCACAUUGGAAGGAAUAUGGAACAGCACUAUGUGCUACGCUUAUCACCGCUACAGCGGGUACCUGCUACGGGUGGCCCUCACCUACUCUACCGUACCUACUAUCCGAAGAGAGUUCAAUCAAAACAACAGCUGACGAGGGAUCAUGGAUAGUCUCGAUAAUGAUCCUGUGCUCCGCGUUGACGCCUGUUCCCUCCGCCUACUUCGCCGACCGGUUCGGCAGGAAGACCACGCUACUCCUCGGUGCGGUGCCGUUCAUCUUGGGUUGGGUGCUGGUCAUCGUGGCCAACUCCGUCGCUCUUCUCUACGUGGCGCGGAUGUUCUCCGGCUUGGGCUAUGGAAUUGUCUACACAGUUGCUCCAAUGUACACAGGAGAAAUCGCUACCAAUCAAGUUCGAGGAGCCCUCUCCACACUCAUCACGUUAAUGAAUAAAGUCGGAAUUCUUGCCCAGUACUGCAUCGGUCCGUUCGUCUCGAUGCAAACCCUCGCUGCCAUCAACUUGAUCCUGCCCGUCACAUUUGUCAUCACCUUCAUCUUUUUGCCAGAAUCUCCUUACUACUACUUAAAAUUUGAGCGAAGUGAGAGAGCCGAGCGCUCACUCAGGAACCUACGCAGUGGCGACAUUAGAACUGAACUCAAAAGUAUAGAACUGAACGUUCAAGAAGAUAUGAAGAAUAGAGGAACUUGGGGAGACUUGAUCACUGAAGCUACCAACAGGAAAGCAAUGUGGAUUACGCUUGGUAUAUUCACGAUACAGCAGCUAUGUGGCAGUGCUGCUGUGGUGGCAUACGCGCAGGUCAUAUUCAACUGCACGACCAGCCCAGUCACUCCAAACAUUACUGGAGUAGAAAAUGUUACCUCUUCCGCUUCUAUAGAACCCUACCAAGAAUCUAUUAUUCUUGGUUGUGUACAAGUAGCCACCUGCGUCCUGUCAGUAAUACUCGUCGAUCGUGUUGGUAGAAAGCCCCUUCUGUUGCUAUCGGCUCUUGGAGUGGGCCUUAUGAACGGCACAAUUGGAACAUACUUCUACUUCGACCAUGUCAACAAAGAAGCCGUUGCACAUCUUCACUGGAUACCCCUCGCCGCUCUUCUCGUUUACAUCGUUUGCUACGCCAUCGGGUUGUCGACGGUACCCUACGUUAUCAUAGGAGAGAUGUUCCCGACCAACGUCAAGUUGUAUGCUUCCUGUAUCGCCCACAUCUACACCGGCGUCUCCAUGUUCGCUGUUCAAAAACUAUUCCAGGUGGUCAAAGACGCAUAUCAAAUAUACACAGUAUUCUGGGGAUUCGCCACGUUCUCGCUGCUGGGGCUGGUGUUCAUGCUGAUCAUGUUGCCGGAGACGAAGGGCAAGUCGUUCGCGAGCAUCCAGGCGCAGCUCAAGCGGGAGGUGGCCCGCGACAACGCUAAGAAACUGGCCACCGUCGAAUACUGAACGCCGGAGACAUCGUUGUCCGGAUAACUUCUCACUAGUUUAGCUUAAGCUUUACUUUAAUGUGUUUUAAGGGAUCAAGCAAGUUGGAAUGACAGUUAAGGAUAUUGAUACUUAAUGUUUAAUAUACUUAUAGCAUAGAAUAGUGUAACAACGUACAGUUUUCUAAAAAGUAUUGUAGACACUAUUACAAAAGUAGCCUGUGUAUGCACAGUAGAGGGAGUAUGGAGGGGGCCAAAAGGGCUGCGCCCGAGAAGGCGGUAAAAUCCUCAGGGUCGUAGUCGGCAGGCAGCGAGCGUGACCUGAUCACGCUCGCGUACAGCUUGGCUGAGUCCUUCGCCGUCCGCGUCUUGUUCGGACUCUUGAAAUCAACCAGGUACAGACCGAAGCGGGACCUGCAAAUGCAUUUACAACUGUGAAAAGAGUGAAAUUAGACAUUUCUGACUGA